GUGAAUGACAAGUUCGCGAACGAAAAGGUGAAGGUUGCCGUGAGCCUCAUCAAGAAGGAGGAGAAAGCGGAGACGACGACACUGGCCGAGGCGCCGGUGGAGCGGAAGCACGUCAUCGACGCGGCUAUUGUUCGGAUCAUGAAAUCCAGGAACAGGCUGGAACACAACUCCCUCUUGGACGAGGUCUUCAGACAAUGCACUCUUUUCAAGCCGCAGCCGGCGCAGAUCAAGAGCCAGAUCGAGCACUUGAUCGAGAGAGGCAGCACCCUGCAUCUUGUUGAUGCGAUUAUCUCAAACAAGCGGCCUUUGACAGAAUUCCUGAAGCGUGACGAUGCCAAUCGCAGCAUCUACCUUUACCUGCGCGCUUCCGGACAGACGGCUGGGUUUCCACCUGAAGUUGAAGCCUUCACAGAGGCAGGUCGAAAUCGUGCAACGAGGAGCGCAGAGGGCGAAGGCGCGCAGAAGGCGUGCAGCGAAGGCCGCGAGGAGAAGAUGUCCGCACUGUUGGAUGCCAAGACCGCAGGACUCAUGCAGUACAUGAAGCGGCCUCCAAUGGCUCUCUUGGCCAGCGCUUCGACCUUCGACUGCCCCCAGCAAGCAGACCUUGGCGAAGCGGCGCCUGCAGCUGAUGAGCAAGGAGAAGGUGGAGAAGGAGCGCUUCGUGGCCAGUCAGGUCCUCUUCGAUGCCUUGGCUCUCGAUUCUGCAUCUUUGACUUUGAAGGCCCCGAUCAAGGACCUGGGCUCCACCAAGCAGAAGCUGCCCUUCAAGCCGCCUGCUUCACACACGUCGAGCAAGGCCGUGUCCGCUUCGCUUUCCACGGGCUCGACGAGCGAGGGGUCGACGGAGUUCUGAGCCCUGCGGCGAUUCGUGGGCUUCUGCAGCCUGCAGAUAGACUGCAACAUGCUUUUGGCGCCUCGAAUCAAAGCACGCCUUGA